AUGAGUGGCCUCGCAAUGAUAUCCAUCGAGCUAGCACGUGCCAAUGCUACGGACACUCUGUUGUACGUAUCUGUGCUGUUGAAGAAGUCGGCCGGGGAAUUAAUGAACCGAUCCCUCGACACUUGCUAUGGCGAGUAUGAAUUAGCAAUAGAUCACUUCAAUGAGGGAAUCGAGGAAUUCCAUUCAAAGGAAUACUCUGACAUCGGCCAACUUGUUGCAAAUGUUGCAGGAAUGGCCGAAACGUGUGAGGAAGAGUUCAAAUUUUAUAAUCUAAAAUCCCCGUUAACUCAAAUGAAUAGACUCUUGAGGCAGCUCAGCAACAUUGCAGCAGAUAUUAUAUGGAUUCUUCGUUAA